GUUGUAAAUAAGCAACACAAGAAAGCAGGACGCUGAACCCUUAUCAAAUUACACCACAGAGAAAACAGAAAAGUCGGGAAAUAAACAAAAAAUGGCUAGUAUGCGGUGCGAUCUUUUUCCGGAGGCGACCGAUUCCAUUCCGGACGCUUUCCGGCAGAAAACUGGGUGUGGUCGGCGUCACCGGGUACGGAACGUGCCGGUUCUUGGCGAGGCAGGAGGUAAUUGUGUUGAACGGAAUGAAAUUCAUGCAGUUCACCUUCCGAAUGAGGAGGUAGAGGGUAGUUCCUCGAAAAUAAACCAUCAUCAAGAGGAUCAUCAUGUGACGACCUACAUCACCCACGUCGGAAUUCACACGCUGAACCACAAGCAGAAUCGUGCUGAGCCCCCGCGACAUAAUCAUGAAUCGCAAAGAGCCGACGACGAGGAAGAUAUAAAAAGCACUAACUUCUACCACGCGGAGCAUCGGUACCAUGUCCGAAACCUGUCCGGGACUUCUGUCUCCGAAACGAAGCAGACCGUCCAGCAGCUGCACCGGAUUUACAAGAUCAAGGGCACGACCGCGAACACGCACGCGGUCUCGCUUAUCCUGAGUAAAAACGUACCCACCCCAGAGUUGUAAUGCAGAUUUGCAAUGACAAAGACAUUUGCGAUGCGCAUCCCCAUGAGAGCCAUUUCCAAUCGUGUUUUGGAAUUUGUGAUGCUGUGAACAGGAUCAGCAGGUCGAUUUGUGAUGCGGCUUUCCCUGCUAACUUGCACUACCUUACGGACUGAAACUUGUCAUGCGUGACUCCCAAAGCUCCUAGGUUUAUGUUGCAAAAUCCCCAUCUUGACUCUGGUGUGGGUACGUUUUUACUCAGGAUAUCGCUAGGUGGAGAAGGUUUUGUUCGAAGUUCUUGUGGAGGAGCAUCUUCUAGCUCGUCUUCUUCAUCUUCUACAUCGAAAAUUACCGGUCCUCGCUCCAACAACAACAUGUCUCCUGUUGCGCCGCCAUGCAGUCUCAGUCGCGCUUUGGAAGAACCAUGUUCGCAAAAAUCAGGUUCAGCUAAAGAAAAAGAUCAGGAUGAUGUUCUUGUUCAUUCAUCACCACAACAUGCUGGUCAGUUGUACCCAGGAGUCGAUAUUGGCUACCAUGAAAAAUUGCGUCGCUCGCCGAGCAAGGAGACAGGAGCGCCUACUGCAUUAGGCGGAUCCCUGCAACUGCCGUUACGGGAACGAAAAAUAUUGCCCGGUGUCGUCGACAUGCCGCACGUAUCACGGCAUGCAACUGAUGUUGACCGUACAACAAGUGACACCGUAGAUGAUGAGCAGUUUACUUCAUCAGGCGGAGGUGCAGGCCAUUUUCAUCAACCGCGAAUGGUCAACAACAUCAGCCGUGAGCGCUCCACCGGACCAGCAUCUCCUUCCUGUUUCGAUGAGGAUUUUCUGCGACUGGACGACUUUUCCGACGAAGAAGAGUCCGCGUCUUCUUGCUCUACUACAGUGACACUCAACACGAGCUGUAGUCGCGAAAUAUUCACACCUGCUGGGACGAGGACAACUGGAACGACCAGCUGCCUGGGAGAUGAUGGAACGAGCACGACAAAUAACAAUCCCUAUUUUUGCCACGAUUUCGACGUUGCUUUUCCGGACUCGUCGGAUUUCCCUGUUUCGUCUGACGAGGCAGACACGGACGAAACAAACAGAACGGCCGCUCCGGGCGCGAACGAUCGCAGAUCUUCCGUGUUGAAAAGAAGAAGGCCGAACAAACUGCGAAAUUAUAUGCAGAAAAACAGCUGCAAAGUGCAGCAGGUAGCUCUCAGCUAUUCGCCGUCAUCUUCCGAGUGGUCUACGAUGUCUCCAAAGAAAGAAGUAGACGAAAAGCAGCUGCUACCGCGAGCCCUGACUGAAGCCACGGACUCGACAAGGUGCAGUAGCAAAAUAGAAGGGGAGAUAGAUGCGUUGAUUCGGGAAUACGAGGACAGUGAAGGCAUCGAUUUUGACCGUAGAUAUCUGGUGGAAGAAGAAGCAGCGCGAGCAGGACGAGGAGCACGACCCCGGCCGGUGUCUGAUGAUGGGACGAGAACUUCUGCAGUAGUUCCAGCGUGUGCAGCUACAGCAAAUACCACCAGCACAACGAGACCCUGUAGAAGUCCUCCUCCACCUACCGCGACUACAUCGAGAAGUUGUAGUACGAACACGUCUUCAACAAGAAUAAACAAGCUUGUCACCCCAAGAAGCCGCACGCAAGUGGAGCCCUUCCACGACCUCCGCUGUGAACUGGUUCUCUGCUUCAUCCAGUUUUCGAAUUUCAUCUUCAUGCAGGCUUUGAAAAUGAGCGACGAGGUGAUCAGCAGCAUCUACCCAUUGUUUUUGGCCGUGUCGCAAAACUUGAUGAAGUUGGUGAUCUUUCCGGACUUUUUACUUCCCUUGGGAAAGUGCAAGAGGGAAAUGGUGGAGAUAAAAAGGCCACAAUCUUCUUCAACAGCAAGAAGAAGGUCUGGCGGUUCAUCUCUACAACCUCCACACGAAAAGAUGAGCAGCAGCAGCAGCAGGAGCGAGGGUGCUGAUUUCGACAAGGGGCCUCUUCUGGCGGAAUGGAUUACGCCCAGAAGCAAGGAAGUGCGAGUGCCGUCGAGGAAAGGUCCAGCCUCAUCGUCUUCUCCUUGUGCAGCUUUGUUUUCGGCCGAGAAAGGUUCUGCUGGCAGCACUACAUCUACACCCGUACAACAUCAUGUUAGCAACCCUGAUGAAAUAGAACAACAACUACAACUACACCAUGAAAAAAUAAACAACGAUGAACUGGUUUUCCUGUACCUGCACGGUGGAUCGUACUUGCUGAUGCAUCCGGCGAUGAAUCGUUUUUUCACGCACAAGCUCGCGGUAAACAUGAACGCCAAGGUGUUUGCGCCGUACUACCGGAAGCCGUUCGACAAUUUCUUUCACCGGGUUUUCUGCGUCGAAGCGAUCUUGCAUUUUUUCCACUACUUCUACGUAACGAUCGCGGCCGUGUUUCUGGUCACCUGGGAGGUGUUUGUGUGCAGCGAGGAAACUUUGGCGACGCGGGUGCGCAAAAUAAAUGUUGGCGGUGCAGGAGGGAGAAAUGAUACAACGACGGUGGUAUCGUUUUUUGAAAGACGCGAAAUUUAA